CCAAGGGUUGACCGUUUCUUCUUCCUCUUCUCUUUCUCUAUAAUACGGUCCCUCUCCUUUCUCACGCUCACACACAACUCUCUACUUCCCUUGCCUUUAUCCCCGCCGAAUCAUCCCCUCUCCUUCCCAAGACUUUUACUCUCUCUCACCAUGAAGAAGACCAUUUCCAAGGUUUCCAAGAUCUUCAACGGCAGUAAGAAAUCCAAGGAGGACGAGAAUGUUUCCUCCAUCACUCCUGCGCAAAUGGGGGAGAUGAGGGGAGUCAUUCCUCCUGAUUAUGGCGUCCAGGAAGCCACGGGUACUACUUUGGAGCGCAAUCCUAACAUCUCCCGCCGGUUGGUUGUCCACUACGACUCGGUUAGGAUGGGAUGUCGCUUUUCUCUCCAUCCCCUUUUGAUUGAAAUCUGCAACCGCUACGCCAUCCCUCCCGGCCAGAUUUCCUCGAACUCCCACGAGAGUCUCUUUGGCUUCUUGGCGCGGUGUCACAAGAGAGGCAUCCAACCCACUCUGAAGCUCUUCCUCUCUUUCUUCCGUCCACACAAGUACGACAGUGAGUUGGGCCGGGGGUACGUGAGUUUCACGGCCCGGACCGAUAUGCAGUUUUUGGAUAGCCCCGUUGACAAACUUGAUGACUGGUUCCGCCGCUUCUUCGUGGUGGUAGUCCCGGAGAACCUCCCCUUCCCCAAUGUGUGGCGCAAGAAGGAAGACAAAUUUCUUUCUCACACUUUCCCCCCUCGUGAUUCGGAGCUUGAUGGGGUCUACCGUCUUCUCCUUAAGAACGGUCAUCCGGUUCCCCGAGCGCUCCUCUUCAAGGAUUCGUACUUCUGGGGCCUCGGAUAUUGGGUGUCUCCUGAUAUUCCUUCUCAAGAGCCGUCGGGAAACACCACCUCUUCUUGGGUUCCUCCUUUGAGGAGCACUCGACUUCGCCGGGGAUCGCGGCGGUCUUCUCGAAGGGAUCCUUCCCCAGAGGUGGACACCGAGGGCGAAGAAGCAGGGUCCGCGAAUGGCGCCCUAUCUCUGGCGCUUGUCGACCAACCUCCCCUUUCAGAAGAGGUGGUGGUUGAGGACGUCUCCGAAGAUGAUGGCCUUUACGACUUCCCUCUGGGGACCCUGAGGGAAUUCGGCCUUAUCCCCGGCGUGGCCGGGAUUGGGAUUCCGUGCAGCACUGAAUCUCCUUGGGAAUAUCCCCCCUCCUCCGGCUGUGGGGGGGACGAAGCAAUUUCCCAGCCCCAAACGUCCAAUAUCCUCAAUUUUGCAAAUUCUACGGCAGAGAAUAUUUUUGGGACACCCUUUGGUCAUGGCGACGUUCCUCUCCCCGGAGCAAACAUCCAUCAGUCUUUUUUGGAGACGGGGGAAUUAAUUCGGUCCUCCAGUUUUGAGAAGGCUACUGUCCCAUCCUCCAUCCGUCCCACUGCCAUCCCCGGUCCAUCAAUUCAGGAGACCGGGUCUUCCUCUUCUUCUCAUGUCCGCCACAAGAGGGGCUGGAACUCCACCCCUCUCCCCGGUUCUCUGGUGUCCGCCGGUCCUCCCAUGGGGACCGCCGAUGAUGAGUUUCUCAUUGGGCAAGGGAGUCAGCCCUUUCCCUAUGCCCGGGAGGCCUAUCAGUUCACAGGGCCGAUUAUGUUGCCACUUCCUCUGCUCAGCGCCAUUGCUGCUUUAUCAAAGGAGCUGAGGGAUUUCAAAUCUCGGCACUCUAUUUGCGUUGAGCGUCCAGAAUAUGACCGGGCUUUGUCCGAGAACGAUCAGCUCCACUCGGACCGUGAGCGGCUUGCGGCCAAGGUCGGGCAAUGUGAUCUAAACCGGAUUCACGAUCUCAAGGAGAUAGAAUUCCUGAGGAGGGACUUGGAGCGGCAGGUCAGAGAGCGUGAAUUGCAAGUUCGAGAGGAGGCCGAACUUCACCGAAAGAGAUCAGAGGAGGAGCUGGAGCGAACGUGGCAUCGUCGAUCUGAGGAGGAAGCGAGGAAGGCGGCGGAAGAGGUCGAGCAGAGGUGGCGCCUCCAACAUGAAGAAACGGAACGCCAACUUUCUCAACAGGUCGACGAGCUAAACCUAACCCUUAUGGAGGAGAGGCGUUCAGCUCGGAGUUCCCUAGAUGAGGCCCGCCGCUCGCUCGAGAACAAGCGUCUUACAUAUGAGGGACAUAUGGCUCGGAUGGAGGCCGAUCGCAUUUCAGACUAUGGCCGGGGUUUCUAUCGUGGAGGUUUGGACGUCCAAGAAAAAUUUUAUCGUGGACUGGAGCCUUACUCUGAUGGACUAGAUCCUUAGCUGAAGUUUCCAGGCAUCCCAGGACCCAUGGGACCAGAGCCUUCUUUCCUCCGUUCUUCUCCCUCGCCCUGAAUUCUCAAGUCACUAUUGUAGUUUGUUUAGGAACGGUCCUCAUGUGCUCUUGUAUUGAUUUUGUCACUUCUUUGUAAGGAUCGGUCCUCUUUGUAUGCCUCCCUUCUGACUGUAUUUCUCAUUG